AUGCUCAACAAGCCCUUUAAGUCGCCACUGCUGGCUAGAAGGCCCGCCAAUGUCCAGGAUCUGCGGCAUACCUCUCCUAAUGCCUCGGAACCGCCCCCAAAGAAGCGACGCGUCUCGCGCGAGAACGAUGCAGAGCCGCCGACCGCGCCACCGAAGGCAGUACACGUAUCAGCUGUCCCACGAAAGCCUCUAGUGCAGGUUGUGAAUCCUGCUGCAUCCGCAUUAUCCAGGCAGGCCGACGAAAAUGGCGUGGAGGGAUAUUAUACUGUCCUGUGGCGCAAGUUCACGACCAAGAAGAACAAGACUUGGGACGGCGACGGUGUGCUGUCGGUAUCUGGAGGCUAUGCAUAUCUCCAGGACAUCUCCGGCCGUGAUAUGGGCAGGACAAUGAUGAACAAGCCGCUGUUGCCGGGUUCCACACUUUCAGUUGGAGGCAAAGACAUUGAGGUUGACUCGGUCAUUUCAAAGCAGGACUUUCUCGCAGGACUUCCAUUUCUAGGGCCGGUACCGGCGCCGAAGGCUCAGGUUCAAGAAGUGGUUGAGAAGAAACCGGCACUGAGCAUGAAAGCUCAGACAAAACAAGAGAAAGUUGAAGCAAAGCAGGUUAAGAAUUUGAAUGUCGCGGCGCCAAAGACACAGGCUACCACAAACCAGUUCAAGAAUCCGCUCCUUUCCACCACGACCCUGCCGAAAACCAUUAAAACCUCGACACCGCAGCCUCGGCACGAUCCCAAUGCUCCUGGCGCUUUGGUGAUGAAGCGGCCUCUUCCCAUGGACGUUCCUAAGGGGAAACAAGUUGUGGACGUCGUGAUCGAUCCGAUUCUUGGGAAGCAUCUCCGCGAACAUCAGCGGGAAGGCGUACAAUUCUUGUACGAAUGUGUCAUGGGACUGCGGUCAUUCGAGGGGAGAGGAGCCUUCCUAGCAGACGACAUGGGGCUCGGCAAGUCGUUGCAAACAAUCACCCUCCUUUGGACUCUGCUCAAGCAAAACCCGAUCUAUGAAGAGGGGCCUGUGGUCAAGAAGGCGUUGAUCGUAUGUCCAGCAACUGUUGUCGGCAACUGGAGAAGAGAGUUCCGCAAGUGGCUGGGCAACGAGAGAAUUGGCGUCUUUGUGGUGGAAGACAAGAAACAGCGCCUGACGGACUUUACAAAAGGCAGGGCCUACAACGUCAUGGUCAUUGGAUAUGAGAGGUUCCGGGAGGCAUACGCGGAAAUCAAGAAAGGCUGCAACGUCGAUAUCAUCAUCGCUGAUGAGGGACACAAGAUCAAGGGAGCAAAGAACAAGGCGGCUGCGGCUAUAAGGGCACUGGAAACCGACCGAAUCGUCAUGCUCUCGGGUACGCCUUUGUCGAACGAUUUGUUGGAAUUCUAUUCUGUUGUCGACCUGGUCAACCCUGGGAUUCUUGGAAAGCUCUCCACAUUUAGGAGAGAAUUCGAAGGGCCAAUCGUCAGAGGUCGCCAACCGGAAGCGACUGCGAAAGACAGGGAGAAAGGCGAGGCUCGGGACGAGGAGAUGAAGAACAUCACGAAGCAAUUCAUGCUUCGCCGAGAAGCGAGGAUUUUGGCCAAAUACCUUCCGUCGAAAUCCGAACAUGUAUUGUUCUGUCGGCCGACAUCUGCUCAAUCGGAGGUUUACCGCGUCGUUCUAUCGUCGCCCGCCUUUGGUGCUGCGAUGGGAAGCAAUGAGAAUGCCCUCCAGCUCAUCAACGUUCUCAAGCAAGUGUGCAACAGCCCAAGGCUUUUGUUGCCUUCAAACAACGAUGAGCUUCCCAAGGCAAACUCUCUCAUGUCCUCCAUUUUGGAGUCUAUCCCGCCGAAGCUCCUUAAGAGCCCAGGAGCCAGCGGCAAACUCCAAGUUCUCGACAGUCUGCUGCAUCGGAUCCGGAGCACGACCGACGAGAAAGUCGUCAUUGUCUCACAUUACACGUCUACCCUUAAUGUACUCGAGAGCCUUCUCGCCUCAUUGUCUUACUCGUUCCUGCGGGUCGACGGCUCGACGCCCACUAACAAACGCACGGAAUUGAUUUCGAAGUUUAACAGGACCGAUGCUAAAGUAUCGUUCAUCUUUCUUCUUUCCGCAAAGGCUGGUGGGAUGGGCAUCAACUUGAUUGGCGCGUCCCGAUUGAUUCUCUACGACAUUGACUGGAACCCAGCUCAUGAUCUUCAAGCCAUGGCUCGCAUCCAUCGCGAUGGUCAGGCGAGGCCAUGCAAGAUCUACCGGUUUCUCACGAUGGGCGCUUUGGAUGAGAAGAUCUACCAGCGUCAGCUCACCAAGCAAGGUCUCGCCGACAGUGUUAUUGACAACAAGUCUUCUUCGUCCAGCUUCACUCGCGAGGAGCUCCGCGACCUCUUCACUCUGGACGAGAGCAACGACUGCCAAACGCACAAGCUGGUUAGCUGUCCGUGCGGUGGGCGCGGCAAUGGCGGAGGCAUCGUCACUGCGGAGGAUGUCACUGAGGUGAAAGAGGCAGCCGCAGAAGAGACGGACGACGAGGAACUGCCGGAGCUACCCAUGCUGCUGAAGGCGAGCAAUGUGGACAUGGAGGCGCAAGAGAAGCGGAUCAAGGACGGCAAAGGCAAGAACCAAGGCAAGGCCAAGAUGCUGGCAUUGAUGCAGUAUGCGCACAUUGAUGUGGCUCUGCUCGGCCAAGGCACUUCUGCCGAGUCCCCACCAGCAACAACGGAUGACGAGGAAGAAGCCGCCACCGAUCAUGUAUCAGCGGCGGACUUGGAAGCGAUGAUCGAUGACGAGCCGCUGCUCGACGUGCUCAGGGAAGAAGGGUCACGCGUCAAAUUUGUCUUUUCCAAAACGAGCUCUUGAGGACUCUCACACGAUGAUCUUACCUACGUAAUGGACAGCUUGUCCGCCGGCAAAAUCGCAUUUCUCCGGCGUAGUUGGUAGUCACAGUGGACGAUGAUAUUUGGGACCCGCAGGCCGGACUUGUGUUUGUUUGUUAGUUUUGUGUUUUGUUUUCCAAGGAUCAAUUCAAGACUAUGAGAC